AUGCGCUCGGACUACAACAAGAGCAAGGGAGGGUACACAGGCACACCCACGAGUCUGGUUAAGAUGAAACAGAUCAUGAUCGACGGACUCAAGGGAACGGCUAAAAACCUGUACAACAUCAUGGCGAACCCGGACGUCGUAUCAGACCGGACGUUCACUAACAUCGACGUCGCAGUUUCGAGCCUGUUCGACUCCGCCGCUGAUCGAGGAGAAAUAACCACGGGAGACUCAAGUCGCGAGGACUGGUGGAAUAACUUCACGAGCUGGCUCAGGAAGACGCUCUUCUUCUGGAACAAGGAUUCCUCUCGCCGUCUCCUCUAG